AUGCUGAAUAAGAUAAAUACUAGAAUAGCUUUAGUAUCUGGCAAUAAACUUGGAAGUAUUCCAUCUAAUCGAUACUCACUCAGCCGAACAGAACUUGAAAAUCAGCUUGCUUGCGCAAAUCAAGAUCAAGAAAUUGCUAUAGAGUAUGGUAAUCAACUUGCUAAUAAAUGCUCUGUUUUGGAUAAAGACAAUAAGCAUAUACAACAGGAUUUAAAUCAAUCUAAUAAAGAUAAAAAGAAACUUUUCAAGCAUAUCUACCAACUUACGGAUAAGGUUAAGCAAUUGUACUUAGAGUUAGAUACUCCAACAUCUCAGAUUACUCACAAGAAUAUUUCUCUUAAUAAAUAUAAAAACAAGAUUCAUACAAAACUAAAAGAGAUAAAGGCUUUUCAGUCUAAGAUAAAAGCAUUAGAGAUGAGAUUAUCUUCAACUCAGAAGGACUCAUCUAUGAAAGAAUUUAAGAUUGAUUAUCUUAGAGUUGAAUUAUCUGCCUUGAAUUCUAAUUUAGCUUUGAAAAAUAAGAUAUGCUUCUUAGAAACUAGACUCAAAGAGCUAUUGCCUUGCAAUAGAUUAUCAUUAGAACAAGUCAAGAUUGGAGAUGAAAAAAAUGCUGAUAAUAUAUCAGUUAUACUUGAAGAGUCAUUGCUUCACAAUAAGACAGAGAAUAGUCAAGUAGAUAAAAAUAUCUAA